ACAGACAGCGCAGCAGCUCAUCAUGAAGCUUGAAUAAACAAAAGCUUAAAGUAGUGUUUGUUUGUUUGUUUGUUUGUUUGGCGUAUGCACGCGUCGCAGUUUAUGCUAUUCAUUCAGUGUAUGCGCUGUAGGUGUUAAAUAAGUGCGCAGGUGUGUGUGUGUGUGAUCACUGAUAUUCUGUAUAUGAUGCUGUUCGCCGGUGUGUUCGGGUUCUCGGUAACCGGGAUCCUCGCGCUCUCCGGUGCCGCGCUUCUGUGCGCGCUCGUGACGCGGAUAGUGAUCAAUCGACGCGCGCUCCGGUGCUUUAACCAGCCGCCACUGAGGAACUGGAUCAUGGGCCACAUGGGGCUGAUGGGUCAUAAUGAGGAGGGUCUGCAGCGUGUGGAUGAUCUGGUCUGUAAAUACGGUCAUUCCUGCUCCUGGUUUCUCGGCCCCUUCUAUAACAUGGUUCGUCUGUUCCAUCCGGACUACAUCAGAUCCCUCCUGACCGCCUCAGCUUCCAUUACUAUCAAAGACAGGAUCUUUUAUGGCUUUAUGAAGCCCUGGUUGGGUAAUUGUCUGCUGCUUCAGAGCGGUCAGGAAUGGUCACGCCACCGCAGACUCCUGACUCCAGCGUUUCACUUCGACAUCCUCAAGAAAUAUGUUUACAUUUUUAACCAGUCCAGCAACAUCAUGCAUGAUGAGUGGCGCCGCCUGCUGGCCAGUGGUGAACACAGUGUGGACAUGUUUGAGCAGAUGAGCUCUCUGACGCUGCACAGCCUGCUGAAGUGUACAUUCAGCUGCGACACACACAGCCACGAGAAGCCCCGUCAGUAUAUCUCUGCUAUCCUGGAUCUGUCCCAUCUGCUGGUCCAGCGUCAGCACUAUCUCCCGUAUCACUGGGACUGGCUGUACUGGCGCUCUGCUCAGGGCCGGCGUUUCCAGCAGGCCUGCGCCGUCGUCCACCAGUUCACCGCAGACAUCGUGCAGGAGCGCCGAACUCAGCUCCAGCAGCAGAACAACCCAAAACCACAUCCAGAAAACACCGGAGGAUACAGGAAGAGGAAGAACACCGACCUCAUAGACCUGCUGCUGCUGGCCAAGGAUGAUAAAGGCGAAGGCCUGACGAAUGAGGAAAUCAAGGCACAUGCAGAUAUGUUCAUGUUUGCAGGUCACGACACCACCGCCAGCGCUCUCUCCUGGAUCUUCUACAAUCUGGCCAUGAAUCAGGAUUAUCAGGAGCGCUGCCGAGCUGAAGUCAGAGAUCUGCUGGCGGACAGAGACACACACACUAUCAGCUGGGAGGAUCUGAGUCAGCUGACUUUCACUACCAUGUGCAUCAAGGAGAGUCUGAGGCUUCAUUCACCCGUCCUGGCGCUCACCCGAUACUACUCUCAGAACAUGAAGACACCCGGAGACUGUGUUAUCCCACACGGAUGCCUGUGUUUGAUCAGUAUUUAUGGUGUCCACCGAAACCCUCAAGUCUGGCCUGAUCCACUGGUGUUCGACCCGAUGCGCUUCGACCCACAGAACUCAGACAGCCGCUCUCCUCACGCCUUCAUCCCGUUCUCCGCAGGCCCCAGGAACUGCAUCGGACAGAACUUCGCCAUGGCGGAGAUGAAGGUGGUGGUGGCUCUGACUCUGGCCAGGUUCAGGAUCCUGCCGGGGCCCAAACCAGUGCGGCGUCUCUAUCAGCUGGUGCUCAGAGCAGAAGGAGGAAUGACUUUACACUUCCAGGAGCUCAACGAGGAGUAGGGAUGGAGCCAUCCACUCAAAUGUGUGACGAUUCAAAGAGUUUAAGAUGCCAAACAAAUCGAGAUACAAUUGUCAUCCCUUGUGUACAGUUCAAAUUGACUCCCCUUUGGUUUUGUUGGUGCUGUUUUUGCUCCAUUAUAAUCGCGUUCUGUCUUUUAUAUGGAGUUCAGUGGAGUAGAACAGCCAAUUAUAGUGUGUGUGCAGAAAUACACUUACUGUGUUUACGGUGGUCUGACAGCUGAGGAGCAAAGGUCUCUGUUUUUCCAAUGCAACUGGUGAUUAAAAAUAAAAAUGACCCAUUGUCCCUCUUCCCAACAGGGAAAACCAGCAGCAAUCAAAAAUGCAUGAUUAUAUGCUGUCAUGAGGCUUUGCAAUCUAUAAAUGUGAUUAUAAUGGAGGUCAAUGAAGCAAAAACAGCACCAAAACAACCAAAGGAGAGUCAAUCUGCCCCCAGUGUACUGGUGAGUGAAACAUUGCCAAAGCAUUGUGUCAAAAUAAGAUUCUUCAGCAAAAAUCAUUCCAGCUGCUGAAACACAGGGAAACUUGUGGCCAAAUUAAGACUCAAAAUCAGCCAAGAGUGGAUGAAUAAGACCCAUCAGCACAUAAGAGUUAAUCAUGAGUUCAAUGAAUCAUUCCAUCCCUAUUGAUGAGUCUCACAAACGCUGAUCAGCGGUCAAACAUGUCAGCUGAUAAUGCUUACUGCCAUUUCAUUUGCAUAAUUUCAUUACAACUUCGGAAGUGAUAUGCUGGUCUAACUGCUUAUUGCAUUGAUUUUAGAUUUAAUUAUUAUAUUUUUUUAAUUUUUGAAGAAA